AUGGAUACGGGUGAAACUAGAGCUACCUCGAGCCAAGCGCAUCUCGAGGACUACCAGAAGCGGAGCACCUCACUGCAGAACCUUGCCACCGAUCAACCGGACCACCAUCUCAGGAAAAGUAUGAUGUCAAUCCAGGAGGAGCUGGACCAUCUGGGACUGCGGAAGGAACAGCAAUCGGCACCGCCCUACCCGCAGCUGAUCUACGGUGGUGACUAUGGGCCCAACACGGACAGCAGCCCGGACAUGGUGGCCCACCACGUGGCGGCCCACCACGUGGCGAUGUGUGGUGGCAACGGGUGGCCCCAGAUACCGGUCGGCACCGGUGAAGGGCCCGGUGUUGGCGUCGGAAUGGGUGUCGGGGUUGGCGUCGACAUGACCAACAAACCGGCCCCGAUGAGCGGCUGGAUGGAUGGGCUGUUUGGCUGCAUGCGGCCCGUCCUGUCGCUGAUCGGCAAAAGCCACAUCAUGGAGAUGAAGAACAAACAGACUGAGGACUGGGAGAUCCCGUACGAAACGAUCUCGGAUAUGGUGUGGCUGGGCAGUGGCGCCCAAGGUGCCGUCUUCUGCGGCAAGCUCCGCAACGAGCUGGUCGCGGUGAAGAAGGUGCGCGAGGCGAAGGAAACCGACAUCAAGCACCUGCGAAAGCUGGAUCACGAGAAUAUCGUCAAGUUCAAAGGGGUCUGCACUCAGGCGCCAGCGUUCUGCAUCAUCAUGGAGUUCUGUCCGCACGGGCCCCUACACAAGAAGCUACAGGACCACGGCGGUAUCAUAUCGCCCCAGCAGCUCGUCUCCUGGUCACACCAGAUCGCCCUCGGCAUGCAGUAUCUGCACUCUCACAAGAUCAUCCAUCGUGACCUCAAAAGUCCCAACAUCCUGAUCGGCGACAAUGACGUAAUCAAAAUCAGUGACUUUGGUACGUCGCGCGAGUGGAACGAGAUCAGCACCAAGAUGAGCUUUGCCGGGACGGUCGCCUGGAUGGCGCCGGAAGUGAUCCGUAACGAGCCGUGUAACGAGAAGGUGGACAUCUGGUCGUACGGUGUUGUACUGUGGGAGCUGCUGACCGGCGAGGUCCCGUACAAGAACGUCGACUCGUCGCAGAUUAUCUUCGGGGUGGGCAACAACUCACUCUACCUGCUCAUACCGAGCUCCUGCCCGGAAGGAUUCAAGCUGCUAAUCAAACAGUGCUGGAGCCCGAAACCACGCAACAGGCCAUCGUUCAAAAUCAUUCUCCAGCAUCUGGACAUUGCCGGGCGCGAACUGCUGCAGGCCUGUGCCAAGGAGCAGCUCGCCGGGUACUACGAGACGCAAAAGUCGUGGCGCGAAGAGAUUCGCAGCCACAUGACCAAGCUGACCAGCAAUGGGAUGAACAUCCAGAAGUAUGAACAGGAUCUGAUACAGAAGCGCAAGGACGAAUGGAAGCACGCGCAGGACAUUCGCAUGAUGUACGAACGGCGCUUGGAGCGAACCAACACCCUGUACCUGCAGCUCAGCGCCUACUACCUUCAGCUCGAGCAGAAGGAGCGUGACAUUGCUGAGCGUGAAAAGCACUUACCGUACAAAGCGCGCAAAUGUACCCUUCUUAAACGCGGAUCGGACAAAGCCGGCCGCAAACGGACACCGUUUAGUUUUCCUUCCAUGGCGGCUGCCCUACCCGGUGGGUGCGGCGAGUCUACGACACCUAGCCCAACGGCGCCUACCGGCCGGUGGCCGGUGGUGGUCACGUCACGGGCGGCCCUCUACGCUCAGCUGAAUCCUUCCGGCCCGCAGGGUGCCAAGUCGGUGGUGGUGGCUCCACCUCCCCCCUACAGCACGUUAGCCCCACUAGCAACGGCCGUAACGAGCGGUGCAACGACGGCAACAGUCUCACAACCCCUCAACACCAGCUCCGGUGGGCUUCCGGUAACACUGACUACGACGGCUUCGGGAAGGACAAAAAAGCUGCGCCACCGAAGGGUCGGUUCUGGGACGUUCAACUCACCGAAAGCCAGUCCCAGCCGUGACCGACGGGUACAGAGCGAACCGGAAACGCGCCACGUCAAGCUCGUCGACAUGGAAACGCAAACGGAUGCCAUGGACAUUAGCGAGACGGAUGCGAGUCCGAGCCCGAACGUGGCAACGAAACGCAUGUCCACGAGCUUACGUGAGGUGGAGGAGGAGGACCAAGAGCGCGAGCGCGAUGGGGCUUCGCUGGGUGGGUUGAGAAGCGAAGCAGCACCGGGAAGUCGGGACGAUGGAUCGCCGGUGGACGAGCAGCGUAGCAGUGUUUACCGGUGCAGCAGUAAGCCACAGUCAGAGGACGACGGGGAAGUGCCUGAGGACGAGGAGAACGGCAACUCGAUCUCGAUAUCGACGAUGACGAACAGCCGCAGUAGCGACAUGAUGACGACCAGCGGUGGAACCAGCGAGCACCAUCGCUACGGACGGCGAUUGCAGCAACAGCAGCAGCAGCAGCAGCACGGCAACCUACAGGAAGAGGAAGCGGACGGUGACGUCGAGGAGUACGAGGACGACGGGGAGCGUGAGUGUUCCAGCCCGGAUCCGAUCAUGGACGCGAUGAACAGCAACGAACGGCUCGAUCGUGCUUGUAGCGACGACGAUAAGAUCGAUACUCUCGAUCGGAAGGUGAACAUCAUGACGGAGCGGCUGCAGAGCGCAGCGGUGAUGGCCUACGGGAACCUGCUCAACGACAACAACGUGAUCGUGUACCGUUGCCAACAGCAGAGGCUCGGCUCCGGAACUGGCGUGACGAAGCAGCAGCAGCAGCAGCAAACCGUUGAAGGUUCCACAAUUCUCAUGAAACAUCCGGCUGCGGGAGGCAACUUGAAUGCUGGAGGCGGAGGUGUUGGGGCGUACCUGUACAGUGGCCCACUGGCCGCACCGGGUAGCGCUGCCAAAGGAAGCGACGAGACGGGGCGUGUCGAGCGGAGGCUUUCGGAGCAUCAGGACGAGCGGUGUACGGACAGUUGGACCGACGAGGAGGGCGAAGAGCCCGUCGAGGAGCUAUUCAACUAUGCGCUUCGUCGCAAAAGUUUGGGACGUCUUCCGAUUAAGCGGAGCCGCCGGUGCAAGCAUGCCAGCACGACAACGUCCGGGUCAGCUGUCGUGAGUCAACCCAGCCAACCAGCAGCCGCUUCCAACGGUUGUGGUGGUGGCGCCGAUCACCAUCACUCGCUACCGAUCGUGCACCGCAAGAUCCCGUCGAACGUGACGAUCUCCGACGAGGAAAACACCUCCGAAUAUAGUCACGCACCGUCAAGCCAACGGUCGACGCUUGAAUCGAACCCGGAACUAGCGUCCGCCGUGGUAAUGAAGAGUCGACGGAGCGAUCGGAAUGCGCUGAAGCAACAGAUACUCAUGCAAAAGAGUACCACAUCGGCAAAAGAUACGGAUGACGACGAUGGCGACGACGACAACAGGGCGGAUAGCGAUGCCGAGCAGCAGGAAUCUAGUGAGAGCAGUUCUGACGAAGAAGGAGCUCGAAGAGACGUUGCUCCAGUGGCCGACGUCGUCAAUGGUAAUCGCAUGUAGAGGACAGCGAUCGUUCGAUCCGAUGCCAGAUGAUGCCAUUUGGUUAGGCGUUUGAUGCUCUAGAUCUAGACUCUAAUCGCCUACCUAAUUGUCUUGAGCGACCGUCUCAUUAUUGUUGUACAUGCGUUUUUUUGGGGGUAAAAAGAUUCUGUUUAUCUAUUGUGUGUUCUGUUACAUUUCGAAAAAUUAGUUCAAGUUGCCUUUUAGCGGUGCCUUUUGCGUUUCCCUGUUUUUGUCCUGUUAUUUGCUACUAGCUUGUUCUUUGUUUCAUCUCAUUUGCCUCUGUUUGCAAUGUAAUUGUACAUUUCGUAGUUCCGUCCCUCUUCUGGCACAGAGCAGAGCCUCCCUUUUGCGGGUACAUGCCGACUGGAAGUGUGAAGCUGGCCAAGCUGGUUCACCUUUGCCGGUUGGUCUCUUUAGUAUUAAGGAACCAAUGCAUCGAUCUGCUGUACGAUGGAAGCGGGAGAAAUUCGAGGUAUUGCGAAACAUUCCUUGUCCGCGUCGUCGCCGAGAGGAUAUUAUAGACUUUACGGGUGGUGAUUUGGUGUGUACGGACGACGUGUGCCGUGUGUCGGCAUGCGACUGUAUUGUGAAUGAGAGACUGAUUCAAUCGAGAUAACUAUUAAUUGGGCGGCUUUAUCCUGUUUGAUUGUACACACUCUAAUGGGCGCUUGAACCCAUUAGUCCCAUCGGCGGAGUCAUUCCAAUACGUAGUUCAUAAGCGUAUUCUAUAGAGCAUAUAUACUAUCGACACAGUAAUCGAACACGGUGCAACAAUCGGACAGAGCGCGUACGAAAAGCUUGUGUGAGAGCGUACCUACAAAUCAUGGUGGCCUAUUUUACAGACGAUAUCUGUCGCACUUAGUUGUUAACGUAGGCUUAAUUAUUUUGGAAGUAAGUUCGGUCCCCACAGACCCCGAAAUAUUGUGAAUAAUCGGUGCCCCAUUGCGAAAGGUUGGGCGGUUGGGUAGUAGCAAUGUAAAUGCAUGAAAUACCUCUAAAGAACACGCAAAACUUGGGUAAAUGUUGUGCAUUCUUGUGUACAUAAUGUUCCACAAUGAUUACUUUUGCAGUCUGAGUUUAUCAGUUCCUAUUGAUGUCCUACUAAUUUUUCAACCCACUUACUUUAAGAUCGGCAAAAACAUUCCGCUGUAAUGUGUUUAGAUAACGUUUCAAAUUCCUCGAUAAACACAAACAUUUCAACCAUUACUCGAGCCUCUAAUGCUACCAUUUGCCUUACUGCGGAAACAGUGCGUGAACCCACGGACCCACGGAUGUCGCUGAUAGCGUUUGAAGUCCACUCUCCACAGCAAACUCUUUGGUACCUGGUCCUUGAGCGCUUGGUCGCUUUCAUUGGAUAAACGCAAGUCAAAUUUCUAAAAUGCGGUCCGCAAAACAAAUGAUUUAUAUUUGGAAGAAUACGGAGCUGUUACUGAAUUGCAAUCGAUGAACCUGGCGUUUUGCCUAGCAGAAAUGGUGCAUACCGUGAGAGAUAUUAUUUUUCGGAAGGUUUUCUAGUGUAAAUUGCAUCUCAGAACAUCCCAACGAAGCGGCAAGGGGCCACCUAACCAGCCGGGGGCUGAACGGUAAGAUACGAGAGAGAGGCAAAGUAGAAAGUUUUCAUAUGUGUGCGCCUGUCUGCACGUGGCUUGUACGGCACUUUUUACGUAUUUUUUCUACUGUUGCGAACAAAAGCAGAAGCUGGUUUAUGUUUGCCCUAGCGAAGCUGUAGUCUCUUUGAGCGAAAUAAAUUAUAACUCCAACUAUAUUGUAAUGAACAGUUAUCCGGAAAGCAAGAGACAGAUAUAAUGGAACUAUAGUAAUCGUUGUUGAUCUGGCAGUCUCUAAAUUACAAACAUAAUAGAUCCAAAUUCUUCUCUCUCCAACGCCACACUAUUAACGUCUGCAAAUGUGUACUCUCCAACGCGCAGUGCUUCAAUACAAAACCAGCAUAUAUGGGAAAAGGAACAUGAAACCCACAACAAAAAACAGGGAGGACGUAGGAAAGCAAACGAAUGGUAGAUGAAAACCUCGUGUAAAUCCACUAUAGUCUUGUAAGGUAGUCAGCCCAACUGGCUAACGGAAAGAAGUAAGGGUCUAAGAAGGUGCAAACGAUGCGAGGUAAUGAU